ACUUAUCCCUGAGGUUGUGUGCAGAGUUUAGGUGAAGAAUCACGUCGCUGUAACACGUUACAGGCUGACGGAGGAGUUAGGAUGUCCGGUUUAGUCCGCCGCUCCCCCCCUUUUCCCCGAGCUGAAUGGAACAUCCUGAAAGUGGUUUGGCUCGUUGGGACUAGAGAGUUGCAGCUGACAACAUCGCAGGGGGCAACUUCUCUCCUCUGCUCUGGACCUGGACACACCGACAGCUAGAGGACACGGACCAGAUACACAUGCAAAGUCACCCCGAAGUCCUUUUAUUACUCAGAGGAGAUGCUCUUUUUAAUUUUUCCCACUUUGUUUUGAAGCAACAGUAAAGAACUCGUCUUGAAGUAGCAGCUCCUGCUUGUUGGGUAUGCUUCCUCAGUCUGCCAGUAAAGAGCAGAGAGUGACAGUCCUGUCUGUCCAUUCCCAUCUGAAGACAUGUUGCACUGGACUCUGCCUGACUGGAAAGUACUGCUGCUGACUGUGCUGCUCUGGGACCGCCUCUGUGCUCUGGGACUGAAACCCACGAGAUGGCCACUGUAUUCACAAAAGCCUCUGGUCCUCGCCUGGAAUGCCCCGACUGAGGACUGUGCCCCGCGGCACGGUAUUCGCUUUCAGCUGGACCAUUUCCAGAUCGUGGCCUCACCCACUGAGGGCUUUGUUAGGCAGAACCUCACCAUCUUCUACAAGGACCGCUUGGGCUUGUACCCCUCCUUUAAGCCAGAUGAAACGGCGGUGAACGGGGGGCUGCCGCAGGUGGCCAGUCUAACGCAGCACCUGGAGAAGAUGCCGGAGGGGGUGCAGAAGUAUAUACGGGACACGGGGGCCAAGGGUCUGGCGGUUAUCGACUGGGAGGAGUGGCGCCCGCUCUGGAUACGUAACUGGGAAACCAAAGAUGUUUACCGCAGACAUUCUCGUGAGCUGGUGCGUCAGAAGAACCCGACGUGGCCUCCAGAGCAGGUAGUAAAAGUGGCCCAGCAGGAGUUUGAGAUGUCUGCCAGGAAAUUCAUGCUGGAGACGCUGAGGCAUGCCAAGAACCUGAGGCCCAAUCAGCUGUGGGGUUUCUACCUGUUCCCUGACUGCUACAACCACGACUACAAACGCACUCUGGAGAACUACACAGGCCGCUGUCCCGAUGUGGAGGUGGCCCGCAACGAGCAGCUGAAAUGGUUGUGGACUGAGAGCACGGCACUCUUCCCCUCCAUCUACAUGGCCACCGUACUGCGUUCGUCAGACUCUGGACGGCAGUUUGUGCGGAACCGGGUGAAGGAGGGGAUGCGUUUGGCAUCGUCAGGCGACGGGUUGGCACGUCCUGUCUUUGUGUACACCCGGCCCACGUACACCAACUCCCUGGAACAGCUGACCGAGACUGACCUCGUCUCCACCAUCGGGGAGAGUGUGGCUCUGGGAGCAGCUGGAAUCAUUAUGUGGGGAGACGCAGCUUAUGCAAGCAGCAGAAACAGCUGCUCCGACCUGGACGCCUAUCUGCGGGGUGCGCUGAAUCAAUACCUCCUCAACGUCUCCACGGCAGCAGAGCUAUGCAGCCAGACCUUGUGUGCUUCUCAUGGCCGCUGUCUGCGCAAAAACUCCAACAGCGAUGUUUACUUGCAUCUGAACCCCCUCAGCCACACUAUCAUCACGCAGAGCGGCAAGCCGACGGUCAUCGGCGGGCUUGGCGAAGAAGAGAAGAAGAGUUUUCAAACCCAGUUUCAGUGUCAGUGUUACAGCGGCUACCAGGGAGACGGCUGCGAUCAGACCGACCCUCUACACCAAAGAGGGACGGCAUCUCAAAUCACAGCGUCAGCACUGCAAUGUGUGAUCUUAUUGAUUGUCUCUCUGCUCCUCUGUUAAUACACACCAUGAAUACUGUAGACAUGGCUGCAUUUUAUAUGUCUAAAUACUGGAGCAUACGAGAGGACAAGGUGGGGAUUUUUAGGAGUGAUGAGUGUCAUUUUUAUUUCUUUAAAUUGCUGUUAAAUAUGGAUGACACAAAGUGAAGUUGUAUAAGAAACACUGUGGAAAUUUGUUUGGAACUUUCUUUAAACAAUGGAGGACUCGCUGGAAGUGACCUUGUUUACAUUUUGCUCUCAGUUUCCUCUCGGUCACUGUUUUUGCCACGGUGUCAACUUCCAUAUUUUUCAUAGAGAGGACGUUUUUUGGAGGAAAUGUGAUGAUGUAUGUCAGUAGGAAUUGAUGCACUUAAAUCUGGAAACAGCACAAUAUAUCUGAAGUGCCUGAUCUCUUUUUUCAACAUGACCUCUCUCUAACAUCUGAUGUUUUUCUGGAGGCAAUUACAGUAUUACUAUUUAUUUGAAUGUAUUUUUAGGUGUUUUAUAUGAUAUUUUCUUAUUUUUGUGUCCAAAACAUGACUACUAGUUUUCUCUUAAAAACAGUAUUUUUCUGUAUUUCAGCAGCUGUUUUACAUCAGAAGCACAAACAAUGUAAAAAGCAAAUUUCUGACACUUACAUAUCCGCCUCUCUCUUUGUGCUGUUUUCUCAAAUUUGACUUUUGUCUAAGUAAAUAAACUUCUUUCUUAA